AUGUGUGAAAAUUUUAGGCGCAUCGAGAAGAUAAUUUUUGAGAAUGACUAUGAUUAUUUACCGCGACCUUGGCGCGGUGAAAACGAUAAAGAGCUUCAGUUGGAUUUGCUUCAUCAUGUUACGAUGUAUAUUAUACAAAAACAAUUACAUAAAAAAAAUAAAGAUGAAUUUUUAUGUGAGGAGAUAUGGUUAAAAAAAGAUACCGAAAUAAUGGACGACGAAGGGUUUUGGUACGGGACGGAUAUUGUAGACGAUUUGGCUGUUUUCUAUCUAUUUAAUAAUUUAGUGGAAAACGUGUCAGACAAGGAUUAUCUAAAACCUGAAAAAAUGAUAAUGUUAUAUAAAUUAUAUGUGGACUAUACAGAAAAUGGUGCGGACUUGUUUUAUGAAAAAAUCUAUGAAUUUGUUGAGGAAGAAUUAAAGGGGAAUUGA